AUGGCGGAUGACGUGCAACUGUACGAGGGGGCGGAGAAGACGCUGCGUGUGCUGUUUGGCAGCUCUGGCGUCCUUCGUGAACAAUCGCCCGGAAGCGAGAGCGGACGGGAGACGCUGGUGGAUGUGACCCGAACGCAAUGGGCUCAGUUGCUUGAGCCGACAGGUUGCACCAUCCUCUCCGAGCUCCGCACCUCGGCUGCCUGUGCGUAUGUCCUCUCCGAGUCGUCGCUCUUUGUGGCUCACGCCGAGGUCAUGGUCAAGACCUGCGGCCAGUCACACCUUCUUGCCCUGCUGGCCCCGCUGCUGGAGCUGGCCCGGGGCCUAGGCCUCACUCCGCGCGCCCUCUCUUACGGCCACAAGGCUUUUGCAUGCCAGGAUGCACAGCCGGCGCCGUACUGCGAUGCCUUUGCUGCUGAGAUCGGCGAGCUUGAUGCCGUCCUCGCCGCUGCAUCGCCGGCUGCGGCUGCGCCGACGGCGGCUGCCUCCGUCUUUACCGGGCCCGGCGACACGUAUUGGGUGUACCACGCUGCGUGGACAGCCCCUGACUCACCGGCAUCCUUCACCCUGCCUGCACCGGCCGACUUUGGUGCCCUGGCCAAGCUCGAGAUCAUGCUCGUCAAUCCCGACACCGCCGCGCUCGCCCAGUUUGACGUCGCUGCCGUCCGCGACGCUGCGCUCGCCGAUCCUCUUGUGGAGCGCCCGGUCACUGCCGCCGAGCUGCUGGACAUGGUGCCGCCGGCGAGGCCCGUCCCGGGGGCAGGCGCCGAGCCGGCGGUGGGCGACUCGCCGCUUGCGGGACAUCUCGUCGAUGCUCACGUCUUUGAUCCGUGCGGCUACUCGUUCAACGCGCUUGGCGCGCCAGGUCUGGCGCGCGCCACCACUCCGUUUGCCACCGUCCAUGUCACGCCCAACGCGCCAGCGCCGUAUCUCUCGUUUGAGACGUCCGAGUCGAGCUUUGCCGCCGCCGCCCGCGCCUUGCCGACCAUGCUUGCCAAGUGCCGGCCACAGCACGCGCUGCUGGUGGUCACCGGCGCUGGCGAUGACAAGCUGGCAGGCGCCGACGCGGUCGCCUCGCUCGCUGCCCGCCACGGCUAUGCUGCUUCGACAGCCAGCAACCGCCCGCUGCCGACCAAGCUUGAUCGUCCCGGGGCUUGUCUCGUGGACCUGCCGGCCGUCUACCAUCUCAUGCCACGCCCGCAGUAG